ACGGUGGCGGGAUGUUCAGCUGGCUGAGCAAGCAGGGCGGCGGGCGGGACCGCGCCGGCGGCACCGACUUGGUGCAUACGGUGACCGACGGGCUGCGGGACCUCUAUCUCCGCAAGCUGCUGCCGCUGGAGGAGCACUACCGCUUCCAUGAGUUCCACUCGCCCGCCCUGGAGGACGCCGACUUCGAGAACAAGCCCAUGGUGCUGCUGGUGGGGCAGUACAGCACCGGCAAGACCACCUUCAUCCGAUACCUGCUCGAACAAGACUUUCCAGGCAUGCGGAUUGGUCCAGAACCUACCACGGAUUCUUUUAUUGCUGUGAUGUAUGGAGAUACAGAAGGAAAUGUUCCUGGAAAUGCCCUAGUUGUGGAUCCUAAGAAGCCAUUCCGCAAACUCAGCCGCUUCGGAAAUGCUUUCCUGAACAGGUUCAUGUGUUCUCAGUUACCAAACCAGGUACUGAAAAGCAUCAGUAUCAUCGACAGCCCCGGCAUUCUCUCUGGAGAGAAGCAGCGCAUCAGCAGAGGCUAUGACUUCUGCCAAGUCCUCCAAUGGUUUGCUGAGAGGGUCGACCGCAUCAUCCUGCUGUUUGAUGCCCAUAAGCUGGAUAUAUCUGAUGAGUUUUCAGAGGCUAUUAAGUCAUUCCGGGGUCAGGAUGACAAGAUUCGAGUGGUGCUUAAUAAGGCCGACCAGGUGGACACACAGCAGCUGAUGAGGGUCUACGGUGCACUCAUGUGGUCCUUGGGAAAGGUGAUAGACACGCCAGAGGUCCUGCGGGUCUACAUUGGCUCCUUCUGGGCCCACCCUCUCCGAAACACAGAGAAUCGAAGACUCUUUGAAGCCGAGGCACAGGAUCUUUUCAAGGAUAUCCAGAGCCUCCCGCAGAAGGCUGCUGUGAGGAAACUCAAUGAUCUCAUUAAAAGGGCAAGACUUGCAAAGGUUCAUGCUUAUAUCAUCAGCUAUCUGAAAAAAGAGAUGCCCUCUGUAUUUGGAAAAGAGAACAAGAAGAAGGAACUGAUCAACAAAUUGCCAGAGAUCUACAUCCAGCUGCAAAGGGAAUACCAUAUCUCAGCAGGGGACUUCCCUGAAGUCAAGAAAAUGCAGGAGCUGUUGGAGAACUGUGACUUCACUAAAUUUCAUUCUUUGAAACCAAAGCUAAUUGAAGCUGUAGAUAACAUGCUGGCCAACAAAAUUGCCUCUCUGAUGAACCUAAUCAGACAGGAGGAGAGCAAUAUGCCCACAGAGAUGGUUCAUGGUGGAGCAUUUGAUGGCACCAUGGCAGGACCUUUUGGCCAUGGAUAUGGAGAAGGUGCUAAGGAAGGAGCUGAUGAAGACGAAUGGGUUGUUGCCAAAGAUAAACCUGCUUACGAUGAGAUUUUCUACACUCUGUCACCAAUCAAUGGCAAAAUAUCUGGGAUUAGUGCGAAGAAGGAGAUGGUGACUUCCAAACUACCCAAUAGUGUCUUGGGGAAGAUCUGGAAACUUGCAGACUGUGAUGGCGAUGGGAUGUUGGAUGAUGAAGAGUUUGCAUUAGCAAAACAUCUCAUCAAGAUUAAACUGGAUGGGUAUGAAUUGCCUGGCACGCUACCUUCCCACCUGGUGCCACCGUCUCACAGGAAACCUUUCCAGACAGCAGAAUGAACAACACAAGGAGAAGAAUGAGGGUUUUGAAAAUCUCUCAACAAACAUGUGAAAACCACCAAAAUUUGAAAUUAGGCUUAGAUCCUUUAACAGCACAUUUCACGCAAGUUACUGAAAUUAGAAGCAUGGUAGCAGGGAAACAUUCAUGUAGCUGUUCCUGCUGAUCUUCACUCAGACAUGCUUAUCACAAGUGCCUUUUAUAGCUCUAUCAUACAGUGAAAAUGUUUUUGUAGUCCAGUGUCCGUGUCUUGCUGCUUUUACAGCCAUAAAGCAGAAAAGACCAUGUAUAAAAAUUGCUGACCUUCACCAGUCCUAAAUACUUACCAAACAUAAGUUUCUCCAAACUAUUCUAAAUAGCACAAGGAAGCUCAAAAUGUUAAAUUCACCUGCCUAUGCAAGGAAUGUUUAUAUGCUAAAAAUGUGCUUUAGGCAUCAGUUGGGUGUUGGCAUCUCUAUGGUCUAAGGAAAACCUGACAUAAAAGGAAAUUUUAUUUUUGUUCUUUUUAUUAUUUAAUAGGGACUAGAGAAAGAUAGAAGAGUGAUGGGGAGAGUCUUGUAAGUGCUAAGAAUAUGAGCAGACUUGUUUUAAAACGUUACUGAUUCUAGCUAGAACUGCAAAAUACUAAAAUUAUUCUUUCAAUCUGUCACUGUGUCUUUUUGUCUGAAGAACAGCUUCUUCAGUUUUACACAGCACUAUAUAUUCAGUAUUAUCAGUAUAAGAACUGAAUCUCGUUUGUUCCUUGAAUUUAGAAUUUUCUUUGAGGUUUCAGUUUAGCUGCUUUGCAGACAGUAAAUUCCUGAAUGGUUCAAAGUGAAAGCAGGAUGUUUUUUAUAAGCUAAAAAAAAAAUAUGUAUGCAUUGAAAUCAAGUCUCACUUUCGGUUCAGAAAAGGUGCAUUGCUUAAGGUCAGUCCCUUCAAAGCACAUCAAAUUAUCUCUAAAAUUUUCAGUGGUAUUUAAUUUCUAUUUACAGGUAAUUAUACAGUUAUGUCAGUAUUUUUUAAUAUAUGAUAUAUUUAAGAAAAUUUUUUAACAAUUUCUUUUGCCAACAUGUAGCUGACAACCACAAAAAAGAGAUUUGAUUCCUAUGCUGGCAGAUUUGAAGGAUGGGAAGGCUAACAGGAAUCAUUACAUUGACUGUAAUAAAUGAUAGACUGAUCCCUCCAGAUAUUAUUCUUUUAUUCAAAACAAUCCAUGAAAGGAAGAGAUGAUUAAUAAACAUUAAUUUUCUAACAACACAAUCAAAGUUGAACGUAUCAUUUGCUUAAAGCUGAUUUUUAUCAGUACCUUAAAAGAAUGCAAAUUUGUGGCCUUGUGAACUCGAGUCUUUCAGGGAGGGCCAGUUCUUUUUGCAAAUCAAACUUGGCAGUCAGUUCUACUCUGUGAGAAGGAAUUGACUUGUAUUCCAUUUGAAGUAUGAAAUACCUUAUACAUCAAAGGUACUGUACUUUUCAUUGAGUCUCAGUAGUAAGUGGCAGCAGUAGUGCCUUCUGAGACAGAGCAAUGCAAAAAGCAUACUUGCAGUAGGGGAGGGAAGUUGUUUGGAUGUUGUCUGCCAGUUAAGGUUUUAGUCACGCUUCUGUGUUCAAAUUUGUAGGUGACCUAAUAGAAGGUCAUACAUUUGUAGGUUGUCGGUCAAGUUUAUUACUUCAGAUACUUCUAGACCUCUUAUUCUUCUACAUCUGUUCUGUUCUGAUGUGAAAUGAAUUUUGCCAGGGCUCUACCAUGGGAAAACAAUGAAGCUAUUUUAAGUAAUGGCAGAAGAACACCUUUGCCUUGCCAGGCUUCUGGGCCUGUGUCAAGGAUGUCCUGGCAUAGUUAAAUUGUUCUUGAGGACUUGAUUAUUUUUUUUUUUUCAUUAUUUGGUGGGUUUCCUAUCAUUUAAGCUGACCAACUUUAUCUCUGCUAGGUCUAAAUUAGGAGCCAAAUUAACCUUAGUGCCUCUCUGUGCACUUCAGCAGAGCUGUAAAACAUGACCCUGAGUCUGCCUGUCUGACUGUACAUCUGCAGAGUAACUGUUUUCUAUGUAAUUUAUUUUUAACUGAACAAAAAGUAGUCUAUAGAUGUUGCAGGUGUUAGGGAAAAAAAAAAGUGGAAGUAGUAAUGUAUGCAUGUUUAUGGGUAUGUCUGCAGUCGGUAACAAGUGUAUAUACACUGUUCACCAGCUUAGUACUGUUGACUAGCUUAAUAAAGACACCACCAGGAGAAAGAAUGCAAGCUUGUGCAUGUGAGUACUGUAGUGUAGGCAAAGCUGUGAGGAUCUGGGAAGUUGCUGAUCUUGCAGCUGCCUUACCUUGGUUUGCAGCAGCACAGGGUUACAGGGAUGAACCCAUGUUUGAGCUCCCACCAUUUGUAGCUUCCAGGGCUGAUUCUCCAAACACACUGGAGCUAUGUGAUCCUGUGCCAGUAGAAAUAUUCUCCUUCAGUGAGAAGAGCAGGAUAGUUUCAGUGGGCUUAUUUUUCUAGUUUUAUUGGUAAAAUGGAGAACACAGCUUUUUCCUCAGUCUCCGUGACAGUAUGCUAACUUGGUCUUGAGGCAGACAAAUCGAAAUACGUCGUUUUGAUAAGUUAAAAUAUUUUGCCUAGAUGAGGUUGUAAUAUUUUGCUUUGUUUUCCUGUAGAAUUUGGAAGGGAAAUGUAUGAAGAAUGUAUAGGAGUAGAGGUGGAUUUUCUCUGGCUGUCUGGAGGAAUAGAAGUGUUUCACAGUCAUCAUGCAGAGCUACGUGAAUGUAUUUAUAGGUAUAUGGUGUAGUGAACUAGCAUUGUACUUAGUUGAUAGGAAUAAAGUACAUUUCAUGUGAACUUUAAACAGCAGUUUCUUGCACAACUAAACUCAUAUAAUAGAUUGUUGUUGCUCAGGGGAAGGGAUCUGUUUUCUCACUACCUCCUUGCAAAUCCAUCGGCCUACCCCAUUUGCCUUGCUGGCUGUCUGGUUUAUUGAAUUCUGCAAGCCCAUUCAUUUAGCUAAACCAGCCACACACAGCUGUUUGGAUAAUGGUCUGUGAAGUUAGUUAAUCUGUGUUAGAAGCAUAAGAAGUGAGCAGGAUUGCUUUCUCUUGUGGCGUUAUGCUCUAAGUAGCUACUGGUAACAAAAGUACUAAGUAAUAUUUGGUGUUUAGUUUGUUACUAAUAUUUACUGAAGAGAGAUGAGGAUGUUGGGUUUGUUGGCCAUUUUAUGCUUAGGAUUUUUAUUUUCUGUGAGAUCAUUCAGAACUGUCAGUAGUUCAUCCUGUGAAAUCAUUGCCCACUGAUACAGUCUACUACCAUAAGCCAAAGUAGAAACUGCUGCUUUUACCUCUUCUUUCGACUAUUCCACAACACAGUUAUAAUUUCCAAUGUUCAGUAGUUUCAAUAGUUCUGUUCCCAGAAAAUUUAGGAUUUUUUGUUGUAGAUUGACACAGAAAAUGUGGGGCUACCGCUCAUAAGCACAAUAUAGGACACCAAGAGACUUUUAAAGCUGUGACAGCUUGAAAUCUGUGAGUUUACAAAGAUUUCUAAGUCAGGGUGAGGUCCCAGUUGUUAGUUGGGUAUGGUGUGGAUUUGUGUGGAACCUGAUCUCAAAGCAACAGGAAUUUGGUCCCUGGCUUUCAGCAUUGUUCAUCACCAGCACUUGAAAUUCACUCUCUUCUUUUUGUCACUUCCUUCCCUUCACAGUGUGCACUCAUUUUGGUGGCUCUUUAAAUUGUUGGAUCUCAAGCAGAGUUUGAAGUGUAUGGUUUGAUGGGUAUGUGUAACUUAGCACUGAGAGAAUGAACUUGAACUUCAUUUUCAAUUUCAUAUGCUCACCUUUUCUAAUAUUUUUGUUAAAUACUGCUUUCACUUCAAACGCACUGUAAUUUUUGAGGAAAGGCUUGAUCUGUGCAGUGUGCUUCAGUUUGUCCAGCUAGGCAAACAAAGUUGUAAGUUCAUUAUUAUUGCACUUUUAUUACACAAUAAAUUCUUUGCAGAUACUGUAAUAUAUUUUAAUAUGCUUUGUAAUCAUUUUUAGAAAGUGGUGAUAAAAAUUGCUGCUUUAAUAAACUAAUAUUGAACUACUGGA